CCGGAAGCGGUACCGGGAAGACAGAGUCGGAAGCUUUUUGGGGCACACCGACCCUGUGAAGCCUACUUCGGGAAACGUCGUAUUGGGGGGCGCACUAAUGCCGCUGGGUCUUGGUCGUAAGAAGAAGGCUUCUCCUCUGAUGGAGGAGGAAGAUGGCGGUGAGCGAAGUGCGUUGGGGGUAUCCCAAACAGGUGGUCUUUCUGGUGGGACUCUAUCACCAGUUGCACCUGGGUUGCCCCCUCCUGCCCCUGCCCUACGCCCGAGACUGGUGUUCCACGCGCAGCUGGCACAUGGCAGCCCGACGGGCAGAAUCGAAGGCUUCGGCAACGUGAAAGAGCUCUAUAGCAAGAUAGCAGAGGCGUUCAAUUUGUCCAUGGGAGAGGUUAUGUUCUGUACGCUAAACACUCACCGGCUAGACAUGGACAAGCUUCUGGGAGGCCAGAUAGGUCUGGAGGACUUCAUCUUUGCCCACGUGCGAGGCCAGAAGAAGGAGUUAGAGGUUUUUAAAUCUGAGGACUCCCUGGGACUCACGAUUACUGAUAACGGUGCUGGCUAUGCCUUCAUCAAGCGCAUCAAAGAGGGCAGCAUUAUUCAUCAGAUCCAGCUAAUCGGUGUUGGUGACAUGAUCGAAUCCAUCAAUGGAAAGAACCUGAUAGGUUGUCGUCACUUUGAGGUGGCCAGGACUCUGAAGGAGCUGCCCAAAGGAAGACCGUUCACCCUUAAACUGUGCGAGCCAAGGAAGGCCUUUGACAUGAUUUCGCAUCGAUCUGGAUCAGUGGGUAUCCGCUCCGGCAUGUCGCAGUCUGGGAGAGGAACGCUGCGCCUCAGAUCUAAGGGACCCCCUACAGUGGAGGAGCUGGUGUCUGUUAUAGAAGAAAAAGCUAUCCAGAAAGUCGAUGAUCUCCUUGAGAGUUAUAUGGGAAUCCGAGACAGUGAUCUGGCUGGAACCAUGGUGGAGCUUGGGAUAGACAAGCUGAACCCUGAUGAUUUCUCUCAGGCCAUAGAUCGCACGCUUGGAGACUUUGCUUUUCCAGACGAGUUUGUAUUUGAUGUCUGGGGGGCAAUAGGCGAUGCCAAGGCUGGCCGAUACUGACCUUACACCUGACCUUCUGAAUCCCCUGCUGCCUCGAAGUGAGGGACACAUCUGCUGCUUGACCAGUAGUCCUCUUUAACCCCAAGUGCAUUGAGCAUGGAGGGUUGUCUGAGGGCCGCAAACAUGUAAAUGGAUCCUGGACU